CUUCUUUUUUUUUUCCUUCAGGACUUAAAACAACACACAUUCUCUUCUGGAGUUGACAAUGUCUACUGCUGUAGGAGCUGCCUCCACAACCAAGAAUGUUCUCUUUGGAGCUAAUUUAGAUGAAGAGAUCACAAACAAGGUUGGUAAUGGUGGGGAACCAGGCCAGCUUCCUUACAGUGAUGAUGAAGAAGAAAUUGAUGAGGCAGAGGAAGAGGAAGAUCCCAAGCUAGAAUCUGACAAGGAAAUGGAUCCUCAUCCUGGUCCUCAAUUCUCUCUCAAGGAGCAUAUUGACAAAGACAAAGAUGAUGAGAGUCUGAGAAAAUGGAAAGAGCAACUUCUUGGAAGUAUUGAUAUGUCUGCUGUUGGAGAGAAUAAGGAUCCAGAAGUGAAGAUAGUGAGCCUCACAAUCACAUGCCCAGGAAGGCCUGAUCAAAUCUUGCCAAUUCCAUUUACUAAUGAUUCUAAGAAGAGUGUCUUCAUCCUUAAGGAAGGGACCAAAUUCAGCCUCAAAUUCACCUUCAUUGUCUCCAACAACCUUGUUUCCGGCCUCAAAUACACUAAUGUUGUUUGGAAAACUGGUGUUAGAGUGGACAAUAUAAAAAAAAUGUUGGGAACUUAUAGCCCACAGCAGGAACCAUAUACAUAUGAAUUAGAAGAAGAAACCACCCCUUCAGGAUUCUUUGCUAGGGGAACCUAUUCAGCAAGAACCAAAUUUGUAGAUGAUGAUAAAAAAUGCUACUUGGAUGCAAGUUAUCAGUUUGAAAUUCAGAAAAAUUGGCCUACACCCCAUUGAGACUCAAUCUUGAGUAAUCUAUUGGUGGAUUUGGUUCCCGUGAUAUCUUGUAUCUUUUUCAGUGUCUGGUUGAAAUUCAAAUUUAUGUUUAUUAAAUUCAGUUAGAGCAGUUAGUGCACAUGCAUGAUGGUACAUGGUACUACUAUAAUCCUCCCCUUAUUAUCUGCCAUGGAACCCUUUUUUUUUUCUUUUUCUUUUCAUUUAAAUAACUAUAGACAUUGCAUUGCAUUCAUUCCACCAAAGAUGCCUCCAAGAGUUAAUUGUCAUUAUCUGAUAAGAGAGUGAAGGGUGGAAGUGUGGGGUGAAAGUGAACUCCAUGUGGGAUAAUUAAAGAAAUGGAAAUCAAGAAGUAUCUUCAACUACUGCCUGUUCUCUCUGAAGCAAAUGGCCAAAAGUUCCAUCAAUUGCCUUGUGGUCCAGUAGCUUUUCUGAAAAUGAUCACCACAUGCUGUUUACUAACUAUUGAAAUCAGAAAAAUAAAUUAAUAGAAGAGGGUAGAAGCAGAAUUUCCAAUUGAAUCAUUUUGUAAUGAAGACAUCACUCAAAAUUCCAACAUACUGGCAACUAAAUUUAA